AUGGCGUCGUCAGCUCUCACCGGGCCCUGUGUGGCCCUCGUCCUUCUCUGUUUUGGUUUGUCGUCCUGCACCCCCUCCGGCCCGGCCUCGGCCACCUGCGCCACCCUGGAGCAGAGCCGCUUCUUCGGCGUGUUCUCCUCGUCGACCACCUUGCCUUCCACGCCGUGCUCCUGGACCCUGCAGAACCCCGACCCUCGCCGCUACACCGUCUACAUGAAGAUCACGAAGCCCACCGACUCCUGCGUGCCGCGCCAGAUCAGAACCUUCCAGUUCGACUCCUUCAUCGAGACCUCCCGCACCUACCUGGGCAUGGAGAGCUUCGACGAGGUCGUUCGGCUGUGUGACGCCUCAACCACUGUCACCUACCUGGAGUCCAGCAAGCAGUUCCUGCAGAUCCGCAAAGUGGCGCCAAGGAACGGGCUGCAGAUCGUGGAAGGGGAGAGCGACGGCAGCGACUUCAAGGCUGAAUUUCUGGUCGUGGGGAAGAGGAACCCAAGUAUGCCUGCCUGCCAGAUGCUGUGCCAGUGGCUGGAGAAGUGUCUGUCCAGCAGCACCCAUGAUUAUCCCUGUGGCAUCAUGAACACCCCCUGCCAGUGCUGGGAGGCCCCGAAGAGGAAACCAGGAAGCUGCUACAGAGGCGGAGUCUACGUGGAGAACUGUGUUGCUGUGCCCAAAGACAACAGACGCGAUGCUGAGAUUAUCAAAGGCUGGGCUGGAUGGGGUCGCUGGUCCGUGUGCAGCCAGGAGUGCGGCGGUGGAGUCCAGGUGCGCAGCCGGACCUGCCAGCCCGAGGACAGCGUGUGCAACGGGACUGUGGAAGAAGGACGCGCCUGCAACCCUCAGGCCUGCAUUGGCAAAGAGCGAUCCAGGAGCCAGGGUCUGCGGGCCAUCGUCGGUCUGCAGAGGGACAGCGCUGCUGAAUCCAGCCAGGGAGUUGUUGCACCCCAAACAGUGGAAAUCAAGACCGAUGAGUGGUCCUCUUGGAGCGCCUGCUCCAUCACCUGUGGGGAGGGCUGGCAGGGUCGCACCCGGGUCUGUGCCACUUCCUCCUACACCACCCAGUGCACCGGCCCCCUGCGGGAGAACCGCCUCUGCAACAACACCGUGGUCUGCCCCGUGAAUGGUGCCUGGGACGAGUGGACCCCCUGGAGCCUGUGCUCCUCCACCUGCGGCCGUGGUUACCGUGACCGCACCCGCACAUGCAAGCUGCCCCAGAACGGAGGAGAGCCAUGCCGCGGCCCCACAAGACAAACCAAGUUCUGCAACAUCGCCGUCUGCCCAGUGGACGGAUCCUGGAACGAGUGGUCCGGCUGGAGCGAGUGUUCUGCCUCCUGCUCCAACGGCACCAUGCAGAGGACAAGGGAAUGCAACGGACCCUCCUAUGGCGGCUCUGAGUGCCACGGGGGCUGGAAAGAAACCAACAACUGCUUCCUGAAAGACUGUCCCGUUAAUGGACGCUGGAACUCCUGGAGCACAUGGAGCAGCUGCAGCAGGACGUGCGGUGGAGGCGACCAGCAGAGACAGAGAGCGUGUGAAGGACCUUUCUUCGGCGGAGAACCUUGCCCCGGUGGGAAGGGAGAGCAGAGACGCUGCAGUGAGAAGAGAUGCCCUGAGCCCCAUGAGAUCUGCCCCGAGCAGAGCACUGGAGAAGUUGUGUGGAAGCAAACCCCGGCUGGAGACAUGGCUGCCAUCGCUUGUCCCGCUGAUGCCUCAGGUAUGAUUCUGCGCCGCUGCACCCUGGACGCUGUAGGUCUCGCCUCCUGGGAGGCCCCAUCUCACGUCAAGUGCGUCUCCAAGAACUACGAGAACAUUCAGAUGCUGUCUAGGGACUACAUCUCCAAAGCGCAGGUCGGGCAGAGCAUGGACGGAGUCGCUGAGGUGAUUUCUCGUCUGAGAUUCUCCUCUGAUGAGGGCACCAAGUACAGCGGCGACCUCAUGGCCAUCAUGGAGAUCCUGAAGAACACCACUGAGCUGUACAAGGGAACCAAGCUGAGGCUGAGCAGCGCCGAUGUCGCGAACUACGUCCAGACCAUCAGCGACUUACUGAACGAGGAACACCGUGACAAAUGGGAAGAGGCACAACUGAUGGGCGCCAGCAUUAAAGAGUUCUUCCGCCUGGUUGAGGACUUUGUGAACAUGAUGGGCACGCAGAUGAGCAGCUUCGAGGACGUCUAUGAAGUCACAGAGAAUUUCGUGCUGAGCAUCCACAAGCGCCCGGCCACCACCAACUCCAACUUCACUUUCCCCGUGAAGGGCUGGAGGGGCAUGCUGGACUGGGUCAGGAACUCCGAGGAGAAGAUCUCAGUGUCCCGGGACGCUUUGUCCAUUAAGCAAUCUGACGGCAACAGCACGUUUGUGACCGGCAUCGUCCUCUACAGAAACCUGUCGUCCAUCCUGUCCUUCCAGAGCAACUCCACCCUGCUCAACUCCAAAGUGGUGACGGUGAUCGUCAACCCCACCACGACCCUCCUGUCCUCCCCGGUGGAGAUCGAGUUCCCCCACCUCCAAAAUGGCACCAUGAACGAGACGUGCCUGUCGUGGGACGAGAGCGAAACUUCCUCGCUGCUCGGAUCGUGGUCGGCUCGCAGCUGCAGGUCCGUGCCCGUUCAUCCCUUCAGAACCAAAUGCGUGUGUGACAGCCCGUCCACCUUCGCCAUUUUAGCGCGCAUCAACUUCGACUCGAUCAUGGACAAGUCCCUGCUCCCGUCCGUGACUCUCAUCGUGGGCUGUGGGGUCUCCUCUCUCACCCUGCUGCUCCUCAUCAUCAUCUACGUCUCCGUGUGGAAGUACAUCCGCUCCGAGCGCUCCGUCAUCCUCAUCAACUUCUGCCUCUCCAUCAUCUGCUCCAACGCCCUGAUUCUCAUCGGACAAACCCAGGCUCGCAACAAGGUGGUGUGCACUCUCGUCGCCGCUCUGCUGCACUUCUUUUUCCUCUCCUCUUUCUGCUGGGUGCUGACCGAAGCGUGGCAGUCCUACAUGGCCGUCACCGGUCGUCUGCGCAACCGCAUCAUCCGCAAGCGCUUCUUGUGCUUGGGCUGGGGCCUUCCCGCGCUGGUGGUGGCUGUGUCAGUGGGUUUCACUAAAGCUAAGGGAUACGGCACCGUCAACUACUGCUGGCUCUCCCUCGAGGGCGGACUCCUCUACUCCUUUGUCGGCCCGGCUGCAGCUGUUGUUCUGGUGAACAUGGUCAUUGGUAUUCUGGUCUUCAACAAGCUGGUAUCCAAGGACGGCAUCACCGACGUGAAGCUGAAGGAGAGAGCUGGAGCAUCACUGUGGAGCUCCUGCGUGGUUCUGCCUCUCCUCGCCCUCACCUGGAUGUCCGCCGUCCUCGCCAUCACCGACCGCCGCUCGGCCCUCUUCCAGAUCCUCUUUGCCGUGUUCGACUCGCUGGAGGGUUUCAUCAUCGUCAUGGUUCACUGCAUCCUGCGCAGAGAGGUUCAAGAAGCUGUAAAGUGCAGAGUCGUUGACCGCAAGGACGAUGGCAACGGAGACUCUGGCAGUUCCCUUCACAAUGGCCACUCCCAGCAUAUGCAGUCCGAUACCGAAAAGGAUGGAGAUUCGAGCAGACAAGGAAUGAAGAGCUCCUCUGAAGAGAAGAUGCCCCCUCCUCAGAUGCCUCUUCCCAUGGGCUCCAACUUCCACACCCUGCCGUCCAACCCCAGCAAGGGCCACAUGCACGCGCUGCCCGAAUACUCCAGCCACACCCUCACCCUGAAGAGAGAGAAGACCCGGCUGGUCGGUGGAGUCGACCCCUGUGGAAAACCUGUGUACGUCUGCGAGGGGGAGAUUUUCCAGCAGCUGGACGCAGAUCUCGCCCGGGCUCACGCCGAAGGAAGCGGCUCCGACGGCAGCAGCUACGUCCUCAUGCCCAACACCACCUCCACGCUCAGGUCCAAGCCCAAAGACGACCAGACGAAAUACAACAUCAGCGUGGAGCAGAUGCCGCAGGCCCGGCUGAUGCACCUCGGCGGGCCCUUUGCCGAGCCGCAGGCCGCUUUCGGGAUGAAGUCGAUCCCCUCGGACCAGGUCAGCGUGUCGUACUCGGAGAGAGACUCGCCCAUCCAGAACAUCCACAACAUGUCCAGCGAGUCUCACAUCACCCACAGCAGCCUGGAGAACACCUUCGAGUCCAUGAACUCCAUGAUGUCCAAGAGCGAAACCAUCUCCACGCUCUCCAUGAGCUCCUUGGAGCGACAGAAAUCCCGAUAUGCUGAGCUGGACUUUGAGAAAAUAAUGCACACGAAGAAACGCCACCAGAACAUGUUCCAGGACCUGAACAGGAGAGUCCAUCAUGCUGAGAAAGACCGAGAGUCGCCUGCUUCUGACAGCAAGUCUGUGAGAUGGAGUGUGUCCUCAGGAGGAAGUGACAAAACGAACCACAGCGACAAACAGCAGGCUCCUCUGGAGAGGCCGUGGGAGGGGGUCCGGGGAAUCCCCCAGUCGCCCCCUGCUUGGGUCCGCAAAGACCUGGAGCCCCUUGCCGCCUCGCCUCUGGAACUGCACUCUGUGGACUGGGAGAAAGCCAGCACCACCAUCCCCUUAGUCGGGCAGGACAUCAUCGACCUGCAGACAGAGGUCUGA